UGUUGGAUAUUAUAAUUCUUUAUAUUUUGCCAAUCUGAGGGGUGGAAAAUUAUUGUUUGAUAAGUAGUAAGAUUGAAAAUAGAAUUUCUUCUUCCGUAAAUUGCCUGUUGGGCUGAAAUUUUUCUCCUACCUGAGUAAAUCUGUCUUCAUUUUCUGGGUUAAGGAAGUAGACAACACUUCAUCCUGUGUGUCUAGGUUCCGGAGACUUCCCUCCUCUUACACAGUGGAGCUCCUCACCAUUCACAUCUGGGAGCUGGCAGGAAAGCCGCUGCUCUUCAGCCUGGUGCAGGGAAUGAGGGCAGUCCUCAAGCUUCUGGUUCGAUAUGCAGAAAUCGAUGUUGUUUGGCACAGACACUACCAUCCCAAGUUCCCCAUUUUUGUAAAGGUGAACCAGAAACACACAAGGCCGUUCAUUUUAGACCCUGCCAAUCCUACUGUCAACGUUUGUGACACCUGCAAUGCCUGGGACGAAGUUGCCCUUGUGGCGAGACAUAGCCUACUGAAGCCUCUUUUCAGCAGAGUGAGAGCUGAGCCCCCUUGGCUUUUCACAGAUGACUGGUAAAAUGGGCAAGGAGCUACUGUCCUUGGAUUUCCAUGAAGAAAAUAAAAGGGAUGCCGAACGUAUUCCCAGUUAGAGUACUCUGGAUGAAAGGCAGUAUGAUUGCCUUACUCUAAUUCACGACGUAAAUGACCUCAUCUUUAACAAACAUAUUGAUAUGAGUCAUCAUUGAAAAUAAAAGAAUCCA